AUGCCAGCGAAAAAGACAGGCCGUGCCAAGUCGUCUCUGGCGCUCGCUGCCAGGGAAGCGGAGCUGGCGCAGGAGGCCGAGCUUCUGCGCCAAGAGACGGAAAAGGGGCGUCUCCGCAACGAGGAGUGUGAACUGCGCCAUCUCAUCGAGGAGGAGUGGAGAAAGCUACUCGAGGCGCAUCGGAAUCGCGAAAGGGAUGUGCGCAACACAUUAGCCGAGGUGGAGCGCAAGGCCUACUACGAUGCUAAGGAACGCGAAAUGGCUGCCAGCGUUGCGCAGAAGGUGCAGGAGCUGCAGGAGGCUCAGGCGACGCUGGCGCUCAAGGUGCAGGAAAACGACCUGCUCGAGAAAGAUAAAACGUCUGCGCUGCGCCGGGUAGGGCUACUCACAAACGAAUUGGAGCUGACGCAGCUGCGGCACACGGACUCGCAGCAGCGGAUGGCCGCAGCGGAUCAGGCACACCAAGAAGCGCAGCGAAAGCUGGAAGCAGAGUACGAUGCACUGCAGCAGGCUCACCAAGAGCUGGAGAUGAAGUGCGCAACGUUGGAGCUCGAGAAGGCGAAGGCGAUGAGUGCUGCGGAAGCCACUGCCGCCGCUGCCGCCGCCGAGGAGGAGGAUACACGCGCUAAGAAGUCUGCUGCAGUGGCACCGUCAGACGACGAGGAGACAGUCAUGCUCCUGCGCGUGAUGCAGGCGGAGACAGAGCGCUACAAGGCGACGGCCACGGAGCUGCAGGAGGAGGUGGACCACGUCCGCAAGCAGGAGGAGAAGUCGAACUUGCUGGUCGGCAUCUUGAACACGCAGCUGGAGUCUGUGCGUGAGGACAACAAGCGACUACACGAACUUGCCCAGAAGCGACAGGCGGAACUGGAGGCGGCCGGGCAGCUGCGCCGCGACGCGGAGGCGGCCCGCCAGAGUGCGCUGACAGAGAUGAUGGAGGCUCUGUCGGCUGCUGCCGUGCAGCAGCGCCAGCUGGAGCUGGAGCUUGGCGUGCACCGCACCGAGGCGGAGAAGCUAAAUGUCGAGCUGUCCGAAGCGCGGCAGGAGUGCGUGGCACUGAAGGGGGAACUCACGUCUGUCUCGCAUAAAGCCGCCCAGCAGGCACAGACUGACCAUGCCACCAACACGGCGAUGCAGGCGGAGCUCGCCAAUCAGAAGAAAGACCUCGAAAUUGCUUUGAAGGCGAAGGAGACAGCCGAUGACGACAAGUUUAACCACAAGAUUCUCACCCGUGCCGAGAUCGACAGCCUCAAGACACGGCUGCAGCGGCUGCAGGAGACGAUGGAGCGCAAGGAUCGCGAGGCGUUCGAGACCAUUGCGGUGCUCAAGGCAGAUAUCGCGAAGCAGGAGUCUGCCAGCGCUCAGCUUCUCCGAGAGCAUGAGCUGGAUAUGAACGCGCUGCGGACGCAGCUUACGACGACGGAGACGGAGCGCAGCUUCCUCCGUAGCACGCUGGAUUCGCUUCAGGAGUCUUCCACUAAGCGGGAGCACGAGCUUUACGAGCAGCUCACAGAAGUCACCGCUCGCCACACGACUGCAAGCGAGGAGCUCGAACGUCUUCGCGCUGAUACCGCGCGGAAAGACUCUGAGUACAUCCACAACACCAUCUACCUCAACGCCGAGUGCGAAAACCUCCGGACGAAGAUUAGUGAGAUGACCGAGACGGCAACGCAGCAGCGGCGCAUCCACACGAACCAUGUAGAGGAGCUGCGCGUGGAGGCGGAGCAGCUGAAGAGCCGACUCACAGAGGAGUUCCACACGGAGCAGUCUGCGCACGCGAAGGAGUGCGAGCGUGCUGACAUGGCGGAGCGUAACGUGCGCCGUCUACAGGAACGCAUUCGGGAAAUGGAGCAGGAGGCGCGCUUGGCCGGCCUGAAGCACGACGAGGCCGUGAAGGCCCUGCAGGCGGAGAGCCGAGACCUCCGCUGCGAGCUACUCAUCGCGAAGCGCACGAUUGAGCGCCUGGAGUGCGCGAUCGGUGACCAGGCGGGGUACCGCCAACUGACGGAGCUGAACGACAAGCUCACAAAGGAGUUACAGGCGUACCAGCGCAAUGUGUCUACACUGAGAGAUAAGACGGUCGCCCUGCAGGUGGAGGCGGAGACAAUGGGCGGGUACAAGGUCAAGAAGGCGCAGGAAGAGAAGGAGCUGAUGGAGCGCCAGCUGCAGCAGACGGAGCGGCGAUACCGUCUCCUCGUGCCCCUCUUCGCCCAGCUGCGGGACCUCGUUGAGAACUACCUCGCCUCUUACCUGCACCCGGAGCUGUACGCGGCUCUCAAGGAUUACGAUCGUCAAACGUCGUUGCUGCCGUUCAACUCCACCAAGGGCAGCUUUAAGGACGCUGGCGCCGCGCUGGACACGGCUGUGACAGCCGCGACCACCGAGAUCACGGCCCCUGCCGCUACUGCAGCCCUUCAGGAACGCUGCACUGCCACUACACCGGCGGUGCUGCAACCUCGCCGACCGUCCUCUUCCAACACAGCUUGCACGAGGCUCCUCAAGAAUCACUCGAUUCGCUCUAGUCUCAUCGUGACGGGGACGGACGUGGACUACGCCGCAUGUGGCCGCUUGCCUCCCAUCUCCAAUGUUUGA